GCUGGGUUAUUUUUUAACAAUUGAUAAGGCUAUUGAGUUUCUUAAUAUAAAAUGUGUAAAACAAAGUAUUGGAAAGUGUUUAAAAACUAAAGAAGAUUUAAAAGAAAAAAUGAUGACAAUACAAUUUAAAAGAGAAUAUAUGAAUUUAAUAUUAA